GGACAAUCGACACAGUCAAACUUAUGUCCAUUGCUUCUGCACACUAGAGUCCUGAAACAGGAUCCAACAAUCGAAGAGCAAAGAACUAUUUGAAGAUGUAUCUUUCCCCACAUUUUUUCUCUAGAGGGUGUCCUAAGCUACCGCGCGUGCUGCUGUAGGCGCUUGUGUAGAUGAUCUAUUUUUGUUCUAGUGCUUGACCCCAUCUUCUCCGCAAUCCACCAUCGCGAGAACAAUCCUUUCAAAUUUCCUUCUUUCAAUUGCACGACAAGCUCUUUCGUUGUAACGUCUGCGUCCUAAUAUUCAGUGCCAUGGCCAAAGCUACAGAGAAAUGUAUUUACCUCACCCGACAUGCUCAAGCCGAGCACAAUGUGGACGUUGACAAUGCAGUUCAUAGUGUCGCCAAUGAUUAUAACAUUCGCGAUGCCCCAUUAACUGCUCUCGGCCGUCAGCAAUCUGCUGCUCUUCACGAAGCUACAAAGGAUAAUAUACAGUGGACUGCUGAGCUACUCGUCAGCAGUGCCUUACGUCGCCCGUUAUCGACCACGGUUAUUGGGUACCCGGAGUUGAGAAAACGACUAGAGGCUGAAGGGAAGAACGUCGUUGUGCUGCCUCAGCUGCAGGAGUGCAACGAUCUUCCUUGUGAUACUGGAUUACCUCGUGAACAGCUUGAAGCCGACCCCGAAUACGCCGGCCUGGACUUUAGCCUCCUUACACCUGACUGGAUGUCAAAGCGAGGAUUCUACGCCUGCGAUAUGUCCGCUCUCGAAGCCCGUGCACGCUGGAAUCGCAAGUGGCUCCGAUCAAGACCUGAGAAGGAGAUCGUUGUCGUAGCGCACGGAGAUUUGUUGCGAUACAUCACCGAGGGUUACAACUCUCAUAGAAUGUGGGAGAAUGCAGAAGUCAGGGCUUACACAUUUCUUCGUGAAGAAGAGGAGGAUGAGGACGGGGAGGCAUGGCUAGUGCCCUUGCCGGGUAAUCCUGUUGCGAUGGAGGGUUCGGCUUCGCCGACAUCUUCUGAGAUAGGAUUACCUUUGGUAUGAAGAAUCCGUGCGAUUGAUCUUGGAUAUCCUCGUAGAAGUUUAGAUGCAGCCAUGUAUACAUAGAUCCACGACAAGUUGUAGAGUUCCGAAGAAUAUACCGACUUUAGACAUCCUCGACGUAGUAAGUGGUACUAUUCCCUUACGAUGCCUGGUGACCAGCAAGGAAAUGUGGAAACAGAAUAGAUGAAGUCAUCGACA